CCCAAAAUCAGAUUCCNAAAUAAAAAAAAAAAAAAAAAAAAUCAAUUCUCAACCCUCACCUCUCUGUGAACCUUGUUCAUAUCAUCGGAGAAUGGGCGGAGACGGCAAAGUUUUCACCUUGUCGGAGGUUUCUGAGCACAGUAGCUCCAAAGACUGUUGGAUCGUCAUCGACGGCAAGGUUUAUGAUGUGACAAAGUUCUUGGAUGAUCAUCCUGGUGGUGAUGAGGUUAUCUUGACUUCUACAGGGAAAGACGCCACCGAUGAUUUUGAGGAUGUCGGACACAGUUCUACUGCAAAAGCUAUGCUAGAUGAGUACUAUGUGGGUGAUAUUGACACAGCUACUGUCCCUGUUAAAGCUAAGUUUGUUGCUCCUACUUCCAAGAAUGCUGAGGCUACUCAGGAUAAGAGCUCCGAUUUUUUCAUUAAGCUCCUUCAGUUCCUUGUUCCUCUUCUUAUCUUAGGCUUGGCUUUUGGCAUCCGGUAUUACACUAAGACCAAGACUCCUUCUUCUUGAAGAAUUUGAAUUGGGGCAUAAGUGAUUACUUCCUUCGGGUUAAAACUCUCUUUGUCUAUCUAUCUCUGUCUGUCUGUCUUGUAAGACAUCAUUAUAUUCUCUUUCGCAAUCAACUGAGAGUCCUUUGAUUUUUAAGUCGUCUACCUUUGUUGUCUUAUAUCAAUAUCAUCAAAUCCA